UCCUGUCACUUGUGUGAGAACUGGGAGUCGGAUGGAGAAAAACUAGGGAGUACAACCUUAUAUAAUGUUAGAAAUGGUUUGCAGGAGUGUAAAAUACCCUCUCAUGCUAGACAGAAGAAUGUCAUUUAAAACCUCAAAGAUUUUUUUGCUUGCCCUGAAGCAAGCCGCUACUGUAAUACUUUAACUGGAACCUUUUAUUGCAUUAGUCACUGACUUUAAAAAUGCAAAUCUUUUGAAUAUAAGCAACAUAAAAGGCUUAUUCUUCAGGGUUUCUUCUUCUAGAGUCUCUGAAUUUUCGCUUACAUCUUUUUUCUCAGCUUAUCAGAACACGAAGAAAUGCACGCCCAUGUUUCUUUUGAAUCUUCAUUGUCCAUGUGUAUUCUAAAAGGCGUCUCACUUAGAAUCUGGAAAUGCAUUGUUUGGAAGGGAAAAAAUAGUUUCAAAAUAGCCUACACUCAUACUUUCAAGUUUAGGUGUACAGAUUGGUUGGUACCAGAUAUUUUUUAAAAAGAUGAAUAUUGAGUUUUUAAUUGACUGGAUGGAGAAUAUGUCCUAAAUAUAAACAAGUAGGAACUCAAAGCUGUUGGGGCUACCGCUAAAACUAUAUACCCAUAUGGAUAAAAAAAUGCAUUUAAAAAUAUGAUUCGUGAGCUUGGGCCACACCUCUCUUUGCACCAUCCUUCAGUCCCCGCUCGUAGUCCCUCUGCCACCAUGCCGAUGUUCAUCCUGAAUACCAAUGUUUCCCACGCCUCCGUGCCAGAGGAGUUUCUCUUCGAGAUCACCCAGCAUCUGGUGCAGGCCACCGGCAAGCCAGCACAGUACAUCACAGUGUGCAUGGUCCCGGACCAGCUCUUGAAUUUCAUGGGCUUCAGUGACCUCUGUGCCCUCUGCACCCUGCACAGCAUCGGCAAGAUUCUUGGCGCCAGAACCGCACCUACAGCAAGCUGCUGUGCGUGCGGCCUGCUGUCGGAUCACCUGCACAUCAGCCCGGACCGGAUCUACAUCAACUAUAACAACAUGAACACAGCUAACGCGGGCUAG